AUGUGUGAAAUGUUUCAAUGGCAAAACAAACAGAUUUUUUUUUGUUUCUUUGUGCAAUUAACAGAGCUACUGGCAAAAAGGAAAAAAAAAAAGAAUAAAACCUUUCUUGGUAACACAAUGUUGUGGUGGCACUUCCUGAAGCACAUCAGACCUGUGCCUGUGUGUUCCUCAAAGCAGCCCAGAAGCAGAGCUGAUGAAAUCCAGCAGUGUCCCUCAGAGGGUUUUGUGCAGAAGCCUGAGCUCAUCCAUGAGGAAGAAGAAUUUAAAUGGCUUUUACAAGAAGAGGUCCAUGCUGUCUUGAAACAGCUGCAGGAUAUUUUGAAGGAUGUGAACCUGAAGAUGCCCAGGAACAACCAGCUCCUGCGCUUCGCCUUUCGGGAGGACAAGCAGUGGAAGCUGCAGCAGAUCCAGGAUGCCAGAAACCAUGUUAACCAGGCCAUCUACCUGCUUAUGAACAGAGAUGUGAACUACCAGUUCAAAACAGGCUCAGAGGUGCUCAAGCUUAUGGAUGCAGUGAUGCUACAGCUCUCAAGGGCCCGAAAUCGGCUCACCACUCCAGCCACUCUGACUCUGCCAGAGAUUGCCUCCAGUGGGCUCACAAAAAUGUUCACCCCUGCUCUGCCUCCAGACCUGCUGGUGAAUUUCUACAUUAACCUGAAUAAGCUGUGCCUGACUGUCUACCAGCUCCACGUGCUGCAGCCCAGCACAACCAAGAACUUCAAGCCUGCUGGAGGGUCCAUUUUACACAACCCUGGAGCCAUGUUUGAGUUUGGCAGUCAGCGCUACGAAGUCAGCCACGUCCAUAAGGUGGAAUGUGUCAUCCCCUGGUUAAAUGAUGCCCUUGUCUUCUUCACUGUCUCACUGCAGCUUUGCCAGCAACUGAAGGACAAGAUCUCUGUUUUCUCCAGUUACUGGAACUACAGGCCAUAUUAAUUCUCUGUGGAGUGCCCAA